ACCGGUCAGCUGUUGUUUUACUUGUUUUGGUUUUGGCGCGAAUUCUUAUCUUGUACACUAAUUUAUAUGAAUCGUUUAUUAAGUUUAUAGCUAUUCAAUAUGUUAAAUCUAUCAACUGAGAGGCAAAUAAAACUCAUAAGGAAGUACUUGAAAGUUAAGAUAUUGGAAGAUUAUGUAAAAUUCAGAGGAAAUGAGAACGAAACUAAACAUGUAUACGAUUUGAUGAUGAAAUCAAUUGUACAGGGAGAAUCUCACUCUGCGUUGAUUAUAGGACCUAGGGGAUGUGGUAAAACAACGCUUAUAAACUCAGUACUUCACCAAGUUUCGAAUGAGGUGGAUAUGGAGCAUGAUGUUAUUAUUGUCAAAUUGAAUGGUUUACUGCACCAGGAUGAUAAAGUGGCUCUGAAGUCUAUAACAGCACAGAUGAAACUAGAAAACGCAGUAGGCGACAGAGUAUUCGGUACAUUCGCGGAGAACCUCAGCUUUCUUUUGAGUUGUUUAAUCUCCGGAGUUGAUAGGAAAUGUCGAUCCAUGAUAUUUAUACUGGAGGAAUUUGAUAUGUUCUGUCAUACUGGAAAAACUCAGACGUUGUUGUAUAAUUUGUUUGAUAUAACUCAUAAUAAACAGGCGCCUAUGUGUGUUUUGGGUAUAACAAAUCGUCUAGACGUAAUGGAAAUGCUGGAAAAGCGUGUAAAAUCCAGAUUUUCUCACCGUCACAUAUUCAUUUUUCCGAACGAAUCUACACAACCGUUGGAUAAUAUUAAACAAAUAUUUGUAGAGUGUCUCAGUGUUCAUAUUUUAAGGGACAAACCAAAGAAAAGGAAGGGAAGGAAAUCAACUGCAAGCUCAGAAGAAAUGGAGGUAGAUUCACAAAUCCAACUUUUAUCGGAAGCCGUAUUCCAAAAAUGUGGAAUGGAUUCCAAAGAAUUCCAGGAAUUGGAUUCCAGCUUCUUGGAAAACUGGAAUGAUCAUAUCCAGAGUCUGGUGGAAGAUGAAAGAAUAAUAGAUGCAUUGGAAAAGUUUUGUUACUAUACCGUUAAUGAGCAGAUUUUUAGGAAUGUACUGUACCAAAUAAUAGCAAAAUUAUCACCUAAAAAGCCCUACAUAGACCCCAUAGACAUAACAUCGACCAUAGACAACACAGUGGCACCAGAGCAUAGAGUCAAACUUCUACAAUCGUUGUCUAUACUCGAAUUGUCUCUGGUCAUAGCAAUGAUGCACGGUCUGGAGAUAUUUGACGGUCAACCGAUGAAUUUUGAAAUGGUUUUACAUAGAUACACAAAAUUCGCGAACGAAAACUCGUCAGCUCAAACCGUACCUCGCCCAGUGAUACUAAAGGCAUUCGAACAUUUGCAAUCAUUGGAAAUAAUAAUGCCAAUUCGAUCUACAGAUUCGAUAAACACAGACACAACAACAAGCAGAGUACAAAAAGAAUAUAAAUUAUAUACUUUAGCUGUACCUAUUGAAGAUAUAAAAGAAGCUGUGAAAGGGUUUAAGGCCUUACCCACUGAGAUCAACCAUUGGGUCAAUAAUUCUGUUGUUUAAUAAAGUUUUU